AUGAUUGAAGUAAUUCCAUCUAGUGUAACGCUGCAGCCAGGUCAAAUAACAACUAUCAAUGUGAAAUAUAUAUUCCCACUGAACUCCACCUAUCUGAAAUCUACAAUACAAAUCAGUGGAACUGGAAGCAACAACACUAAUGAAUCUAUAAUAACUAUUGCAGAUUUUAAAAUAAGUUUGGGUUCUAACUUAUUUUACACAACAACUGCUUACUCAUCUAAUUUUUUGUCAACUUAUCCAACCGAUCAAAAUGAUCAGUUGUUAAUAUACUUCGAAAAUAUCACAAACAUUGGUACGGUAAGUGUACCCGUAAUGCGAAACACUCUCAGUCUUUCAAUAGAUAUCCAGUUGAGUGAUAGUAAAAUUGUAGAAAACGGAACUGUUUGGCCGUUGCAAAUCACUGGUCGAUUCAAUGCCUUCACUAAUAUUAGCAAAAUAUCUGUAUAUUGUAUAAGAACAGGGUCAGAAAAACCAUCAAUUCAGGUUGUACUAUCUCAACUGUCAUCGUUCACAUUCAGUGAUUAUCCUGAUAGAGAUGUGGUGUAUCUUCAGACAACCGUUCAAAUGAUGAAUGGUACCGGAUUGGAAUGUGAAAGACAAUCGAUAAUUUUCUAUCUCAGUCCAGAAAUAAAAUCCAUCAGUGUAGUUAAUCAAACAGGCAACAUAGAUAAUGUAACAUUGAAAACUCCUUUAAACCCAGUAACUAAAUCACUUCAGUUCAUAGCAGGACGUUUAUAUUUUGGUGCAAAGUAUGAAGUCAUCUUUAUUCUGAAAUUUAAUCCAUCUCGUAGUACAACCAUUGUGAAAUAUCCAGUUCUAGUCGAAAUCGUGUGCAAACCCUAUGAACGCGGUAGUCCUAUAGUGAAUAGCUGCGCAAAACAAAGGUUUUACAAGUUCAAAUAUCGUCUGCGUGUUCAACUUGACUACACUUAUCCUUACAACUUACCUCAUUACGUUGCAAUGCGGAACUCUUUUGUGCAGUUGCCUGACCGUCAAGCGAAUACAUUUCUAAAUGUUGGUGAUAUUUUGUUUUAUUGUGCACGUGCGUUUAGUAUAAAAAGUUCAUUAGAUUUGGUGAGACGAUGUUUCAAGAUUGGUAAAUUGCCUGAAAGAAUUUGGUUUGGUAAGUAA